CCGCGCCUGAGCCCGCGCGCUCCAUGGCGGCGCCGAGGGCCCGGCGGCGCGGGCGGAGGACCGGCGCGGGGCCCCGGGGCGCUUGGGCGGCGGCGGGGCUUCUGGGCACCGCCCUAGUCGCCCUGGCCUGCUGGGCGCAGCUGCCGCUGCCGCCGCCGCCCUGGGCGUCCCCGGCCCCGCCGCGGCCGGUCGGCGUGCUGCUGUGGUGGGAGCCCUUCCGAGGGCGCGGCGGGGCCGGGCGGCCGCCCCCGGACUGCGGGCUGCGGUUCGGCCUCGGCGGCUGCCGCCUCCUCACCGACCGCGCGGCCUACAGCGAGGCGCAGGUCGUACUCUUCCACCACCGCGACCUGGUGCAGGCCGGGCUGCCGGGCCCCGACGGCCGCGAGGAAGCGGCGGCGCUGGCGGCCUCGGGUCCUCGGCCCCCCGGCCAGCGCUGGGUGUGGAUGAACUUCGAGUCGCCCUCGCACUCCCCGGGGCUGCGCGGCCUGGGCGGCGGCCUCUUCAACUGGACGCUGUCCUACCGCGCCGACUCGGACGUCUUCGUGCCCUACGGCCGCCUCUACCCCCGCGCCGGCCCCCGCGACCCGCCGCCCGGGCUGCUGCCGCCGCUGGCCCGGAAGCGCGGGCUGGCGGCCUGGGUGGUGAGCCACUGGGAUGAGCGCCAGGCCCGCGUCCGCCUCUACCGCCAGCUGAGCCCGCUGCUGCCCAUCGACGUGUUCGGGCGCGGCGGGCCCGGGCGGCCGGUGCCCGGCUGCGGGCUGCUGCACCUGGUGGCGCGCUACAAGUUCUACCUGGCGUUCGAGAACUCGCAGCACCGGGACUACAUCACCGAGAAGCUCUGGCGCAACGCGCUGCUGGCCGGCGCAGUGCCGGUAGUGCUCGGCCCCGACCGCGCCAACUACGAGCGCUUCGUGCCGCGCGGCGCCUUCAUCCACGUGGACGACUUCCCCAGCGCCGCCGCCUUGGCCAACUACCUGCUCUUCCUGGACCGCAACCUGGCCGUCUACCGCCGCUACUUCCACUGGCGCCGGCGCUUCGCCGUGCACCUCACCUCCUUCUGGGACGAGCCCUGGUGCCGGGCCUGCCAGGCCGUGCAGACCGCGGGGGACCGCACCAAGGUCAUCCGCAACUUGGCCGGCUGGUUUGAGCGCUGACUUCUCCUCUCGGGACCGGUGGCUGCAGGCCACUUUGGAGGGCCAGGUCUGGGACGAAGCCCCUUGAACGCCCGUUUUUGCGGGGUGGGAUAAAGGUGAUUUGCCAAUGGGCACUACUUAGGCUAGGUGGGUUCUCAUGCUUUUUGCACAACUACCAGUUGGGUUCCCCGUGCUGUUGAUGGGCAUCGGCAUUCUAGGUGAAGUGGACCCAUCCUUACCUGGGACAGGUGUGAGAUAGCUCAGCUACCAGAAAUCUUUAAGUGGUUCCCUUCCUCUGCCACAUUUGUGCCUUGUUUGUGGUCUGUGCAGCCUCCAUCUCUCACACAUUUGCCUGGACCGGGGGCGAAGCUAACCAAUGGUUUUAGAAAGGGUGGUACUAUGGAUAGUGGACUGACUGUAUCCAGUAGUAGGUUGGGUUUUUUCUUUUUUCUUAGUUGGUCGAAUUCUUCAAAACCUCUGAUCCUAGGAAAGGUGAUAAGGGCCAUCCUGGAAGCCAUUGACAUCCUCAACAAGCACUCUUUUGUUCCUCAACCCUAUGAAUGGUAACAUUGUCCCUGGAGAAAAGUGAAGAUGAAUAUAUGGUGUACCUCACUUUAAGCCAGAAACAUUCCUGAAAAGCUGCAUUUAAAUCAAAUCUUCUAAAUUAAGUGCCCUAAGGGAGUUCAGUAUUUAAUGGAACUCUGUGAAGAAUCCUUUACAAUGUGAACAAUCACUGCCUAAUUUCUUCUUUCUUUAUAUUUUCCUAUAAUCUGGAUUGAUUUAAAAAAUUGAUAUUGCAAGUGUGACAAUAAAUCAUGAACAAC